CGCUUCUGCUCAUCAAUCCCCCUCGCCCUCCAUCUCUGUGCCCUUGAUCGUUAUUCGCCCUCGACACAGACGCACAUGAUGGCAGGGCCGCCAAACGACUCACGGCUUCCCAUCCACUCCAUGCCUUCUUCCACUCCUGCCUCGUCUCUGGCCAAGACCAUCGAUCCCUUCGCCGUCUACGAGCAAGCGGUCCAGACCCCCGCAAUCGAGUGCGCAAACCUCGCCUCAUUUUACUACAACGCGCAGCCCAUCGGCUCACGGCGCCCUGAGGCUCGCGUACUGCGAGAAGACUUCUCCUCGACGGGAGCCGUUGCAGUUCGAUGGGUGAACAUGGCCGAGGGGAAUCGCAGUCAGGCAGUUGAUCUGGACUUGGAGGCGCUCAGGAUCGCGAGGCGACGGCUGUUGAGACAGGAGCGCGAUCGCGCACCGGGAGGAGAGAGGUGGACGGCGAAGUUGUUACAGCACGGAGAGCUCAAUGAGGAGGGAGGAAGCAGUCGAUGGCUGGCUGUGGACGAGCAGGACGAGCCAGCAAGCGGCAACAGCGCCUCUUCGUCAGGCGAGCGUUCGACGACUUGGGCAGAAGGAGCUACUUCAGACCGUUUCGAGCGCAAGUAUCAGGCAAGGAUGGCGAGGCAGCAAAAAGGCAAGGACAAGAAGAAGCUGCAGCUGGCUGGCGAGGUGCGACGACGGCAGCGAGGCGGACAUGAGGACGAGGAGGACCGCUCGGAUCAUGACGGCAUCGACAGCCUGUCCUCCCUUUCCUUCACCAAUGGCAACGCUCACGUUGAUCGUCAAGAGCUUGAAGCGCCGCACCUGCUCUGCAUACACUCGUCAGUCCUCUCCCUUCCCGUGCCUUUACCCCCUUCAUCAACCAAAUCGCACAAUCACGGCCAACCAGCCGACGUCUGCCCACCGGAUAUUGUCGCCUCACUCAACUACGCCCUCAGCUAUUUCCACAAGCGUAGUGACCUGCUCACCUACCUACGUGGCGUGCGGAAAAGUCUGCGACCGGGCACUGGCGUGCUAGUGUGCGACCAGUUCGCAGGCCCGCUAGGGGAAGCGGCACAUGUACGAGCCGGGCGAGGAGCACGUCAAUUGAGCGCUACAGAGGAACACGAGGAGCAGGAGGCACUCUGGCGACAGUUCUCAAAGGAAGAGGGCUUCUUGCGAAGGGGCGAGACGAUGUACGAGAGCCUACCGCAGCCACUCGAUGCUACUGUCGCGGGUAUCCAGGUCUGGAAGCCGCACGCCCGUCAGCACGCGGCUGCUCAUUCGCAGGAUGGCGCGGCUGCAAGUCAAUGGCCCAGAGGCAGACUGAGCCUGGUGAGAAAGGGCACUGUUCCUCAUCCGACUGCCAAGGGACGGAAUGUCGCAUUUGAAUACUGGAGGGAGGACGCGCCAGUGGAUCUGGUGACCAAUCGCUUCAGGAUGAGCUUGAGCUUCCGCUUCAGCGAGGAUGCCUCCUGGACUCGCGACUUCUUCUCGUACGAUUUCCGCUUCUGGACGCUCGCCGAAGUCCUCGAAGCAAUGGACGAGGCAGGUUUCGUCGACGUCUCGACGCAAGUUCUUGACCGCGGUCUCGCAGAGGAUGAUGAGGACGAGGAUCGAUCAGACGCGAGCAGCGUCGAUUCGGGGGAGGACCCGGACGCUGAUCUGGCCUUCCUUGCCCGCACGGAGAAGGAAGAGAGUCGAGAGGACAAGGCUGGGACGACCGAGUAUCGGAAGCUCAAGGAGAUGGAGAAGGUGUUCGCUCGGAAAAGCUUUGCGAGUGAGUAUCGCGGAACCUACUCUGCCUCUACCAGUCUUCAGCUAACGUGUUGCUCCCGUUGCCCGUUUCCUUGCCAGCCUACGUGGUCGCAAGAGCUCCAUCGCCUGAAGAGGUGGCCGCCGGCCAGAGUCAAGAGGCCUAGGGGCCAGCGCGUUGAUUCCUCAUCUUAUUGUCACCGCACUCAUUGAUGCGCAUGAGAAAGCAUCUUCUCGAUAUUCAUUAGUGUGACAACUCGCCCGCGCCCCCACUCACUUCCCGUCGACACCCAUCUUCUCUACCCCGUUCGCCAACGCUUCCGCCCCCUCCUUGCUAACUUCCGCCGCCUGCCCAUCCGUAGGCGCAGUCGUGACCCCUGCCUUGGGCGGCUGCGGCUCUGGGUCAGGCAUCUGGCCUCCUUGGCUGACGGGCACAUGUCUCGGGUUGAUCUUCUUGGCCUUCUUCUUCUUCUCCGGCUCUUCUGGUGGCGGGUAUGCCAGCUUCUCCACCUUCUGCCACU